CGGUUCAGAGACAACACAAGUUGACACAUUCCAGAGUGGACUUGGCUCCCCAUCUGUCGGCUUACCUGUGUUUAGUCAAUCAUUAAUCACUGCUAUCAGGAAACCAUCGUUCAGACGACAAGACGCCAUCUCAACACGGAACUGACAAGACACUCGCCAAGUGUCCGUCCUCUGAGAAUAGAAAAACAAAGUCUUGUCCUUUAUUACAUCAGUCUUUCUAUACGAGGUCAGUUAGUUCAAAAGUAAUUGUCCCUCCCUAAAUUUGAGACCUACUCUAAAUUCUGUCCUAUUCAUAAUAUGUUUAGGGUUUGUGGUGUUUGUUAGUGGGAACUGUGCUCUCUGAGAGGAUGAGGAGAGGAGUUAACUGCAGCUGGUUAGGAGCAGAGAUCCCGCUGUCCUGGGAGUUCUUCAGUGGUAAGACCAGCAUUUAUGCAUUCACAUGAACUGUAUGGGCUAUGUUUUUGAGUGGCCAGAGAAUUUGCAGUCAUUGGAUCUGAUACAUAUCAAGUUCUGUGUGAUAAACGUCCGUGCUUGAAGACACCAACAUUUUCUUUCUAUGCCAAAAACGGCACAAUGCUUUUUCAAUGCUUUGUCUAUGUGCAAUAUUGGUGUUUGCCGUCUUAGAUUCUGAGUGAUGAGCCAUUCUCUGCUACACCAACCCUGCUAAUGUGUUGGGGCAUUUCCGCCUGAGACUUACCUCACACCAGUGUGUCACCAGUGUUUAUGAUAAUGUUAGCUCUAUUGUUGUUUUCUGGGAACUGUAUGUGUUGUAUAUGAUUUGUCCCACCACAAGUCCUUGUGUUGUGCGUUUGUACCCAGUGAUCAAGGAUGAGCUAUGGCUGUUUCUCAUUCCUGCUGGGUUCGCUGUGAUCAUGCUGGCCCUGUUCCUAGAAGAGGUGGGCUUCUUCCUGCGUCACGUCCCCUACUCCAGACGCCGGCGCCUCUACCUGUGGAUACUGGGCAUGUACCCGGUCUUUGGCUUAACCUCAAUCAUUGCGCUGUACGUUCCUCGCUCCUCCUCACUAUGUAGCUUCAUAGCUUCUCUGUACCACUCCAUUACUUUGCUAAAGUUUAUGGGGCUCAUCACAGACUUCUUUGGGGGUAAGGCCCGCAUGCUGGAGAUCUUAGCUGGAGAGCAGGUGUCUCCGGAUCCGUUCCCAUGUUGCUGCUGCUGCUGCCUCCCUAUGAUAGCCAUCAACAGGACCAGCCUGGGAUGGAUGAUGGCUGCUGUGCUGCAACUGUCUGUGGUCAGAACCAUCCUGUUCUUUGUCACUCUGGUCCUCUGGACAGAUGAGCAGUAUGACUAUGGAGAUGUGGAUUAUGCCAAUCCCAAUAUGUACACGAAUGUCAUCAUAGGCGUGUCUACCUUCUUGUCCUUCUAUGGCCACCUGCUGUUUUACAAGGCCACCAAAAAGGCCUUGCCUGGCUAUGGGCUGAGGGCCAAAUUUGUCUGUAUCAUUGUAGUGUUGGUGCUGUGUGGCCUUCAGAGUGGAAUCCUGGAGACCAUGGGGGCCCUGGAGGUGGUGCCCUGCACCGCUCCCUUCUCUGUCCUCAUGCGUUCCCAGCUAAUUUACCACUACUCUGUGAUUGUGGAGAUGUUCUGCAUAUGCCUCUUUGCCCGCCACACUUUCCGUAAAGUGGAGCCUAGUCUAGAGGAGGACUUUGGGCUGGAGGAGAGGCCCCCCAGAGGCAUAUUGAUGGAGAAGGCGGUUCAGACUGAAGACGUGGUGCCACUCAGGGAGAACCCCUGGCCUUGCUGGGGCGGCGCCGGAGUCUCCAAUCCCGACUGUAGUAGUGACAGCAGUGAGGACAGCCUCUGUAAAGUCGAACACGCCCCUUUGGAUUGCUUCCCUUUCCCAUUUCAACCGAGACGUCAAAAGACAGUGAGGCCAGAAAACGUAACUGAUGAAAGUGGCACUUUGGAGUUGCCCAAACUGACUGUCACUGCUGACAUCAAUGUUGUAGAGUCUAGAAAUGUUACUGUUGUAUGACAAUAUGGAAUGUACUGUCCUGGAAUCUCCUGGUGGGAAGACAACAUAGGGGUCACCUCCAGAAAAUGGAAGAAACACACCUCACCGCUUGAGGUACUACCUUAACCAGUUUGUUCCUUUUUGCGUAUAUUGACUGAGACUCUGGCUCUAUCUAUUCCUUAGCUGAAUGAAGAUGGUAGCUACUGGUGUGAUAGGCUGUCAUUUUUUCCUACCCAGAUUUUUUCCCUACUUUUUAUACUCUACAUUUUGUUUUG